AUGGAGUGCUACAAGCGGUUCGAUGUCACGUUGAAGGUACUGAGACAGGUGGAGCAGUCGCGCGAGCUGAGGCUGGGGUAUGGACUGGUGGAGUACAGGAAUACCCCAGCGGCGCUGACGAAGAAACUAAAGCCCAUCCUCGUGGAGCUCAAGAAGGCUCGCCAAGCCAGCGGGAAGGGGGGAGCGGUCGAUGAUGUUGUGGUUUUGGAGGUGCACAAUUACUAUAAGGGCUAG